AUGGAUCCCACCAGCAGCAGCUGCAUGCGCAGCCCGCAGCCUCCCGCCGCGCUUUGGGGGUGCCUGCGGAGCACCCAUGCGGAUGUCCCCACAGCUUCGGGGCUGAACCACUACCCACCAGCACCAUUCUCCUUCCAUCAAAAAUCAGACUUCGCUGCUUACUCCGAGUUCUCAACCUCCUGCCUGGUGACUGCUCCCCACAGCUUCCCACAAGAGGAGCGGGCAUUUUUGGAGCAGCACCCCUCUUUCCAACACUCUGACUGGCAUUUUGCAGCAACUGAGGCCAGAAGACGACUAAAUCCAGGCCUGGCCUUGGGUUCUGGGGAGUCAGAAAGCAGCAGCCCAAACCUAGUGAGCGCGGCAGUGGGUAUGAAUGAAGAUGAUGAGGUACCUGUAAACACUACAAAUGAGACUGAGAAAAAGUCAUCCGAAAGAAAAAAGGAGAACUCAGAAAACCAGAACUCAAGCGGCAAGGCAGAAACGAGCAGCAAGUCACGGAAGGAAAGGACAGCUUUCACAAAGGAGCAGCUGCGGGAGCUGGAAGCUGAAUUUGCCCACCAUAACUACUUGACAAGGCUCAGGAGAUACGAGAUAGCUGUGAACCUGGAUCUCACCGAGAGACAAGUCAAAGUAUGGUUUCAAAACAGAAGGAUGAAGUGGAAACGUGUCAAAGGCGGGCAGCCGGUGUCCCCCCACGAGCAGGACACAGAAGACGCGGACUCGGCUGCCUCCCCCGGCUCUGACUAG